AUGGCUCCCCGGCUGCUGCCGCGGUGGAGUCUCGCCGGACUGCAGCGGGCGUCGAGCACGGGGCAGGCGGAGGCAGCUUUGCGGCCAGCAGGGCUCUUGACGGGGAAGACGGCGCUCUGGGUCGGCGGGGGCCAGCAGCGCGGCGUGCAGUACGGAUGGAGCACGCAGGCGAAGCGCGGAUCGAAGCCGACACGGUUCAACCAGCGGACGGCGGGGCUACCAGCGCCAACGACGGGCCCAGCAGCAGCACUGCAGCGCAAAGCAGCGACGACGCCGGUGCGGACGGGGGUGCUGGCGACGAAGCGGGGCAUGACGGCGUUCUACAGCAAGAGCGGGACGCGGAUUCCGUGCACGGUGCUGCAGCUGGAAGACGUGCAGGUGGUGGCGACCAAGACGCGGGCCGGCCACGGCUACUGGGCCGUGCAGGUGGGCAGUGGGACGCGGCGGGCGGCCACGGUGGCAGCGCCGCUGCUGGGCUACUACGAGGCCAAGGGCGUGGCACCCAAAGCUCAUCUGGCCGAGUUCCGGGUACGCGAUGCGUCCGGACUGCUGACGCCGGGCGUCGCCCUGCAGCCGGACUGGUUUCAUGUCGGCCAGUGGGUCGAUACCCGGUCGCUGUCGCGUGGCUUCGGCUUCGCCGGUGCCAUGAAGAAACACGGCUUCAAGGGCCAGAACAAGACCCACGGCAACUCGCUCAACCACCGCACCAUGGGCACCACCGGACCGUCGCAGGGCAGUGGCAGUCGUGUCAUGCCCGGCAAGAAGAUGCCUGGUCGCAUGGGCUGUGAGCGCGUCACCGUCCAGAACCUCAACGUCCUCCAGGUCGACAACGAGCUCGGUAUCGUCGUCGUCAAGGGCGCCGUCGGCGGGCCCAAGGGCGCCCUCGUUCGCCUCCAGGACGCCGUCAAGAAACCACAGCCGUCGCCCGCGUUUGUCGCCGAAUCGCGCGCCCGUGUCGAGCUGCGCAGCCCCUACGCUGCUGCCCGCCUCGAGGCUGCCCGCGUCCGCCACCUCGAGCUGCAGCAGGCUCGCCGCGAGGGCCGCAUCGCCGACCUGCUCGCCCGCGGCCUGUCCGGACUGACAAUAGAGACUGGGGCGCCAGAGGUCGCGCCAGAGACCGCGCUAGCAUAG